AUGACGGCGGGGAGCGAGCGAUCUGGUGUGUGCAGUGGCGUAGCAGCAGCAUCUCCUGCCACUCCCACCACUCUCGUCACUCUCGCCACUCCCGUCACUCCCUUCACAACAGUUGCGAAGUCGACGGGAGGGCAGUUCACGGACCACUGGUCCGCGGUCCACCUGCAGCUCAGUGCGGGGGGAGACGGAGAGUCAGGCCCGGGGCUCUGGAGGCUUCCAGCGUCGCAGGUGCCGCGCCCUGGGGUGCAGCGGCGGGUGGAGCUGAUUGUUAGAAAGAACGCAGCGAGAGGAGGGGAUCUGGAGGCGCUGAUGGUGUCUCUGAAGGUGGGCCUUAAGGCUUACACGGUGGAAGAGCGGAAGUGGGUAGCGGCUACAACAACGCACCUUGAACGGGAGGUCGGAGAGCUGAGGGUAAAGGCGCGGAAGGCGAAGACACGCUUGGCAGAUGUACUUUACCAGGGGUCCCGGUAUGAAGGGGCGAAGGAGGCGCUGAGGGCCGCGUCGGACUUCUACACCAAGUUGUUCGCAGCGGGGGCGGACACACAGUUGGAUUGGUCGGUGGACAAGUGUCUCUCCCUGGAGGAUGUGGCGGCGCUCAGCGCGCCCUGGGAAGAGGCGGAGGUCAAACGUGCGCUGACGGAGAUGGCGUUGGGCAAGACGCCGGGGCGGGAUGGUCUCCCAAAGGAGCUCUGGGAGUCGCAGUGGGAGCUGCUGGGGAAACAAAUGAUGCUGGAGAGCGUGGUGUCAACUGGGCAAUUCGGCUUCUUACCUGGAAGGAGCAUCGCUGGCGCGGUGGCGGUUGCGGCAGACUUGAUUGAUGUGGCCAACGCAGGGCAGGAAGACUGGCUCAUGCUCCUGAUUGAUUUCCGCAAGGCUUUUGACUCGGUGGCGCGCGGGUACCUCUUUGACGUGCUACGGAAGAUGGGCUUCCCAGAGACAUACGUGAAGUGGGUGGAGGGGUUGCAUCAGGGCGCAGCGACUCGUAUCUGGAAUGACGGCUGGCUGGGAGAUGAGGUCCCAGUCCUGACCGGGGAGGCGAGGAGGAGGUGGUUAGGAAUCAACGUUAAGGAAGCAGGAAAGCUGACUUACCUGGGGUACGCUGAUGACACUACCUUGCUGCUGGGCGGCCGAUCGCAGCUGGGGAAUGCGGAGCUGCAGCUGAAGGAGUUUGAGCAGAUGUCGAGGCUAGCAGUUAACUGGGACAAGUCGGUGGUGCUGCCGCUGGGGAGGCAGCGCGAUAUCCCACCACCUGCGGAUGGGGCCUUCAAGUGGGCGUCGCGCGAUGACCCGGAGCGUCUGCUGGGUGUCUGGAUCAAGCCAGGAGGAGACGCGCAAGUUUACCCCCCGCCAGACACGAUCUGGGAGGAGCUAAGGAGACUGUGCCACGCCUUCGUCUCCGGGGGACGGGCGAGCUUGGAGCCAUGCUUCAUUCUCUGGAAUAGGGAUCUCAUGCAACUCAAAAGGGAGGAAGGGGGACUUGGGGUGAUAAACCUGAAGGACCGGCUGGAUGCUGAGGCGCUUCACUCGCUGGCGCAGCUGCUCACGGAGGAGAUGCCGCAGCAGCGGUUGUUGGCAGAGCGUGCGGCGAACUUCCCGCUCGGCUAUGCUUCCCUCCUUGCGCAUGAGGCGCUGCUGAAAGAGUGGGGCACAGGGAGUGAACGGUGGAAGGCAAUUGCGGUGGCGGCAAUGAAGUAG